AACGGCCGCAAAACCAUCCAACGCGCCGGCGCUGGUUUGUUGCCAUGGCUACUCACAAAACAACGCGCUGCAGGACCGCAGCGAUUAUGUUUACAAUAAAACUAACUCACUUUACUGAAUAACGUACAAUUUCACACGCAAAUACACAAUAUACAAUAUUAUGUUUACGUGGUUUUUAAUUUGUCUAUUUAUUACUGUUACUUGUUCGCUGCGACCCUGAGUUCAGAAACGGAAACCGUGCGGAAACCAAACUUGUUGUCGCAUGCUUCGCAGACGGUGGUGUCUUGUUAACGUGCGUACUUCUCUUGUUGUGAUAGCUAAUAGUUAGCGAUUGAAUGGGUACAGCAAACUCGGGAGUGUGACGGAGCGUUUGUCGGAGGUGGUGUUGAACAGUUAUCACUUUUGUUGCUGCGAGUUUUCCGAGCCGUUCACGAAUAAAUCGACCGUGAGGUCGCCGAUCACCUUUCUACCUGCGUCGCAUCCUUUAGUGCCGCGGUCAUGCAGUCGAUCGUCUUGCUUAGGCGUUGCCGACGCCUCAUGUCGCCGGGUUCUCGCCGCCUGCUGAGAACGUCGCCAGCCUGCCUGGAUGCCGAUGAAGACGAUACGUCCGAGCUCACGAAACAGCGCUGGGACGUGGUCAUUUCGGGAGCCGGGCUCGCAGGAGCGGCUCUCGCUUGUGCCUUGGGAACAUCGGAGGUGUUUGCAAACAAGCGUGUGCUGCUCAUAGACAGACGUCAACUCCGUUCUGACCAUGACGAAGAGAACUGGAGCAACCGCGUGUACGCGUUGACUCCAGGAAGCAGGAGCUUUUUACAAGCCCUGGGCGUGUGGGACAUGCUGCCCAAGUCUAAAGUGCAGACCAUCAAGCGAAUGCGAGUUUGGGAGUCCCACUCCACUGCCUCCAUCGCAUUCUUCGGGCGCACGCUGGCCAACGAAAUCGCAUUCGAUGUAGACAUGGGCAACCUGGCUGAUGCGCUCUAUCGAAGGCUGGCACAACUACCGUCACAGGUGGUGCGUGUCGUCCCUGGAGUCAAGGUGGUUAACUAUGAGCUACCGACAUUGGAGAGGUAUGACCCGAUAGACCCUUGCCCGCCGGUCAGAAUCCAGGUUCUGGGAGAAGACAAGCCGCUAGAAGCCUUCCUAUUGGUGGGAGCGGACGGCUUCAACUCACAAGUUCGCAAGAGCAUGGCCGUCCGGUGCCUCCACUGGAACUACAACCAGAAGUCCAUCAUUGCCACCGUGAAGCUGUGCGAGCCCGUGGACAAUACAGUGGCCUGGCAACGGUUCCUGCCUAACGGGGUGGUGGCCCUUCUGCCACUCGAUUCAGAACACUCUUCCUUGGUGUGGACAGUGAGAUCGGACCUGGCUGACAAGUUGAUGCAGUUGCCUGAGGACAGCUUCGUGGAUGCCCUCAACAAGAGCCUCUGGGGUGAAGGCAGGCAAAUGCCCCUUGUCAACACAGCCCUCUCCACAGUUACAUCUGUACUUCAGAGGUUUGGAAUCGCGCCCCCUGCGUCCAGUGAUGCCCCAAUGCGCAUACUGUCGCUAGUGCCAGCAAGUCGGGCCACCUUCCCUCUGGGCCUGAGCUAUGCGGCCCACUAUGUACUACCCCGGGUGGCCCUGAUCGGUGACGCUGCCCAUCGAGUACACCCUAUGGCCGGACAGGGUGCAAACCUCGGCUUUGGGGAUGCCCAGGAACUGGCUCAGCUAUUGGUCGAGUCUGUGUACAAUGGAGAGCCAGUAGUGAGCUUCGACACGCUCUUGCGGUAUGAGACAUUGCGCCAACGGCACACGGUGCCCUUCUUACUGGCCAUCGAGGCCCUGGUCGGGCUGUAUCGUUUCAACCUGCUGCCAGUGGUAGCUGCCCGCAGCCUCGGAUUGCAGCUCAUUGACUCCUGGGUUGGUCUCAAGGAAAGGAUAGUUGAUCGUGCGUCGUAUUGAAUGAGGCUGCUUGCAUAGGCAUUUUUGUACAGAAAGAAUGAUCACACCAAAAGAACCUACGGGUAAAUAUCUUUCACUAAAUAAUGAAUUGUUAAUUAAAAGAUAAUGAAUUACUCA